AUGCCGUCUGAUGAGAAUGCACCGCUCAUGGGUUCCAAGCCCAAGCAUUGGAGCAAUGUGAAGAAGCGCACAAUGUUUACACGUACAGUAAUUGCACUUGCCUUGCUCUUUGGUGUUGCAGGUGGUGUUGCAUGGUUUACAAAGGCAACAUCUUCGACUGGUGGUGGUGGUGACACGAAUGAUCCUGAUUUCUCUUCGUUGCGUGGUUUUUGUGAUGAUAUCGAGGCGAUCCAACCAAGUGAAUACCUUGAACGGCAUGCACGAUUAGCUGAGACACUACCUGAGGGAGGUGCACUCGUGAUGGAGCCAGGUCCCACUAUGUUGUACUACACCAAUAUUGAAUGGUCAUUGAGCGAGCGUCCUUUCCUUGUGGUGUUGCAAAGAGCGGCAAAUAGCACUAUUACGACAACGGUGGUGACGCCUAUGUUUGAAGCGACACGUGCAUUAGAAGCGAUUCAAGAAGCAAAGUUACCCAUGGAGAUUUCGAUCAAGGUGGUAGAAUGGAUUGAGCAUGGAUCACCCUAUGAGACGACGGCAGAGUUACUUGAAGAGGCGUCACAUGUCUUUGUGGAACCCGGCGUUCGAUUAUUUGUUUACGAUGGCCUUGCAGAUAUUCUGUCACAGCAGCACGGUGUUGUCACGACCAUGGCAUCAAGAGCAUUACAGACCUUGCGUAUGGUAAAAUCGCCUGCAGAGAUCGCCAUCAUGCGAUGUGCCAAUCGUGCCACUGUGGCCGCUGCAAAAAAAGUCCGCCAUCACGUGAAGCCUGGCAUGACCGAAGCUGAUAUUGCAUCCCUUGUGACUCAAGCGCUUACAGCAGCUGGCCUUACCAAUACUUGGGUCCUUGCCCUUGUGGAUGAAAACGCUGCAUUCCCUCAUGGCGAACCAGGAGCCACCAAACGCGUAACAAAACACAGCACGGUGCUUAUCGAUUCGGGUGGCGAGCUUCUUGGCUAUCAAUCAGACGUCACACGCACCUUUUUUAUGGACAAUGGGGACCGUAAUAGCCACAAUCAAACCAUCGUGGAUGCUUGGUAUCUUGUGAAAAGCGCACAACAGGCUGUAUUGCAUGAUGCUCAUGCUGGAUCCACCUGUGCUGAAGUUGAUCUCGCUGCAAGACAUGUUAUUGAUCGAGCUGGUUAUGGUCGUUAUUUUACGCAUCGUUUGGGUCAUGGCAUUGGCGAAGAAAUGCAUGAAGAGCCUUAUAUGAAUCAAGGCAAUACACAUAUCAAGUUGCAGCCAGGAAUGACUUUUAGCGUGGAGCCCGGCAUUUACAUUACCCAUGAAUUUGGUAUUCGUUUGGAGGACAUUGUCGUCGUCACCAAGGAUGGCAACUUGGAGCUCCUUACUGAUAGUCUUGCCGAUAAUCCUUGGACAUUGUAA